UCGUGAGGAUCUGGUAACGUUGUGGUCAUCGGGGAUAAAUGGAUAUAUAGGGGAUUUAUUUAUUACAUACAUACAUGUUUAAGGAAAUGUAAAAACAAGGUGUAAACUGCUUACCAUAAUUACUAAUAUUUCGAGCUGAAUUAGAACGCGGCUAGUGUAUUAUGAACUGACCAUCCAGACGCUUUUCUGCUGAAACACUAUAACGUCCACUCUCUAUGGGGAAGGUAGAAGAUGGAGGACAAAAGCCCACGUGUCGCGGACUAUUUUGUGGUGGCGGGUCUCACUGACUCCUCCGAGCCCUUCGAAGAAGAUGCAGCGUGCGACGAAGGCUUCCAGCGCAGCCCGGCCCAGGUCGAGGCCCCAAUCACGGACGUCGCCGUGGUGUUUCGCUCCCAGGGCGAGGAGGUACCGCGGGGUUACACCUGCCUAGAGAGCACUCCCUCGGGCCUGCUCGCCGAGCUGAACGGAGGCAGCAUCAUGGGCCCCCAGAUCUUUCUGUGCUACAGGAGAGGCCGAGACAAGCCGCCUCUCACUGACCUCGGUGUGCUCUAUGAGUGGAGGGAGAAGCUGAAGCCAGGCUGUCACAUCAUCCAGACUACACCCUCCGGUCGCCCUGCCAACAUCAGCAGCUCUUCCUCACAGAGAAUCUACAUCACGUACCGACGCGCACCCGAGUGUCAUUCUCAUGCCACGUUGGCCGUCACAGAUAUUUGUGUCGUCAUUCCCGGCAAAGGAGAAACACCUCCGCAUGCUUUCUGCAAAUUGGACAAGAACCUGAACAGCAGCAUGUGGGGUUCCUCUGUAUACCUGUGCUACAAAAAAUCGUUGGCCAAAACCAACACUCUUGCAUUUAAAGCAGGUCUGCUGUCCCGUUACCCGGCAGAAGACUAUGAUUCGUUCCCAUUGCCGGAAUCAGUUCCGCUCUUCUGUCUGCCGAUGGGAGCCUCUAUAGAAUGUUGGCCCUCUCAAACAAAAUACUCUCUCCCUGUAUUCUCAACGUUUGUUCUCACUGGAGCUUCUGGAGAAAAGGUUUACGGCGCAGCUAUCCAGUUUUACGAGCAGUAUCCCGAAGAGCGUCUGAUCGAUAGGCAGCGGUCUCAGCUCGGCCUGCAAGGUAAAGACCUGAGGGUCGAGGACUCCAUGACGCUCCACACCAACAAGAGCAUCUGCCUUCUUUCUCACUGGCCCUUUUUUGACGCCUUUCGCACUUUUCUCACCUUCCUCUACCGCUACUCCAUUUCUGGGCCCCACACACUGCCCAUUGAAAGUCAUAUUUCACAUUUUAUGCACAAAGUUCCGUUCCCUUCAUCUCAAAGACCACGCAUUCUGGUCCAGCUGUCUCCACAUGAUAGCCUGAUGUUGAGCCAGCCUGUGUCCUCUCCUCUGUCCCUCAGUGGUGGAAGCCUAUCUACUCUGCUGCUAAAUUUGGGUCCAAAGAAUGCAGCGACUCUGCUGGUUCUAGCUGUGACCGAGCACAAGAUCUUGGUGCACUCGCUGCGUCCGGCCGUGCUAACCAGUGUCACAGAGGCCCUAGUUUCAAUGAUAUUCCCCUUUCACUGGCCGUGUCCAUACAUUCCCCUCUGCCCGCUGGCACUGGCUGAUGUACUCAGCGCCCCGUGCCCAUUCAUAGUCGGUGUAGAUUCACGCUACUUUGACCUGUACGAGCCUCCAGCCGACAUCAGCUGCGUUGACCUGGACACCAACACCAUCUCCCACAAAGAGGACCGCCGAGCCCUGACAUGGAAGAUCCUGCCAAGAAAAGCCUGCAAGCAUCUGAUCAACACCCUUAGCAACCUCCACCAGCAACUGCUGCAGGAUUAUCAGCUGAGUCGUGAAGAAGGCCAGAUGGGUUUGGCCAUGAGUGAACUGGACCCUGGCACCAGUGGGAAAAGUCUCCAGACAUUGGAGCUGGAGAUCCAAGAGGCCUUUUUACGCUUCAUGGCUGCCAUCUUGAGGGGCUACCGCUCUUACUUGCUUCCCAUUACCCAGGCUCCCUCAGAAAAAGCCACUGACGCCAGUUCUUUGUUUGAUCUGCAGGGGUUCUUGAAGAGUCGUGACCGCUCCCAUCAGAAGUUCUACUCCCUGAUGACCAAGACUCAGAUGUUCAUCCGCUUUAUUGAAGAGUGCUCGUUUGUCAGCGAUAAGGAUGCGAGCCUGGCUUUCUUUGAUGACUGUGUUGACAAGCUCUUUGGCAUGGAAAAAGGAGGAAAGGUGGACAGUGAGAGGAUGGAGGACACCAGGCUCAUUGAGCUGGACAAAUCACAUCGCAGUGAACACACAGUGUACAUCAUGCCUCCAGAGCUGCCCCCUGUGCCGGAUGGAGAGGAGCCCUCAAUGGUUUACAGCUACGUUGGCUUUCCAGUGCUGAACACAGAGCUCUGUGAGCUCCAGGAGGGUCCCCAGAUCCCCAUGACAAAUUCAGCCCCCAGACACACAAGCCCCGGGAGCCCCGCAGCCAUAUUCCGCCGCUCCAAACAGGAGAUCAAAUCAGCCCAGCGCGUGUCCAAGACGUUCUCGUCCAUCCCUCACAUGUGGUCCAAGUGCCUGCUGCGCCACUGCCAUGGCCUUUGGUUCAUCUGCCUUCCAGCCUACGUCGCAGCAUGCCAGUCCAAAGUGCGGGCUCUGCACGUUGCCUACGAUGUCCUGAGAAAGAUGCAGGACAAGAAACUGCAGCCCCCAGAUGAGGUGUGUUACCGGAUUCUGAUGCAGCUCUGUGGGCAGUAUGGGCAGCCGGUCCUGGCUGUACGGGUGCUGUUUGAGAUGAAGAAAGCUGGAGUUCAACCCAAUGCUAUAACCUACGGAUACUAUAACAGAGCGGUGUUAGAGAGCACAUGGCCUUCCUCCACCAGAGGGGGGCAUUUCCUCUGGGGUAAACUGAGAAACGUGCUUCAGGGUGUGGUGCAGUUCAAGCAAGUGUGGAGGAGACGGGCCAGCCAUGCCAAAGAUCCUCAUCUUUCAGAUGCCAGUGAUCUCGACAGUGUGAGCCAUGGCAGCCUGGACAGUGCUAACGACUCAGCGGAGCGAGCUUCAAUUGAUACUGAUUUUACAAAAAUGGACGACGAUGGAUCCAGCACAGGUGGACAAUCAGAUCAGGGCUAUGACUCAUUGUCUAAAGAAGAGGUGCGGCUGGGGGGAGGAGAGGACCAGGAUGGCACCACUCACUCAAAGGAGAAGAAGAAAAGAGAUGCCAUCCCACUGUGUGAUGCUGGAACGUCUACAAAAAAGGACUCAAGCUCAAGAAACAGCAGAGCCAUAACCAAGAGACCCGACUCACUGGACAUUUUCGGAAAAACAGCUAUAAGGCCCAAGACAUUAGCACUGACUACAGGUCAGUCGGUCAAUGUCUCUGAAAGACUGAAACAAGCUGAUCCAGAUCAGGAAGAGGGGGUGACAGGCGCACUCCAACCUGCGGUGGAAAAGAGCACCAGCUGUGCAGUUGCUACGGAAACAAGCCUUGAAAUGGAUUGUGGGCGUAGCGGUGUGGCUCGAAGCGUCAGCUGUAGCGGGGCUCUGGGCCACACCGCAUCACGAACCGGGAUUGAAGCCGGCUUUGAUCCACUGUCGCUCCUUGCAGCUAAAAGCGAACCAGACAAAACGGGUGACGCGGGUGAACCAGACGACACCCCCAGUGCCCGUCGUCACCUGGCAGAGGAGAUCCAGCUCUACAUGGAGCACCUGAGCAGCCCUGUUAGCCAGCGCUCGCUCAGCAUGGAUCUUCAGGGCCUCCAAAGUCCCUCUCCGAUCAGCUCGCCCGGCCAAACCGCCAUACCAGGUUCACCGAGCAGCCAAAUUCAUCCCCAGCCCCGCAGCAGGCUCUUUUCAUCACCCUCACUGCCACUGGGAUGCCCACGUAGAAACAAGCAUGCACGUCCCACCUCACUCAUAUCCCCCUCCUCUCCCACACCCUCUGCCUCUUCUUCUUUUUCCAUGGACUCCUUGUUCACACCUACACUGGACAUCUUCAGAAGCAGCUUCAUGUCAGCGGGCAAGGGUGUGGCAGAGAAAGCCAGCCGCUUCUAUUCGAGGCUUUCCUCACAGACCUCAGUUGCACAAGACCUGAAUUCUGACCGGGUCAGUGUGUCAUCGCUGGGCUCAUGCGAGCCUGACAGCUUCUCUCUGUUGGAGGGUGAACUUUGCCCUGAUCCAGAAAACCUUUCCUCCCCCCAGAAAGACACUUCUCUCAGUGUUACUCGACUCAAGAGGAGUCCACACAGGUGCAGCCGGUGUUUCGAGAGCCCUUCUGCACCGCCCAGGCUUUUUCGCCAGGCCUCUCUUACUGGAUCAUCAUUGGCCGUUGUAAAAGCCCCACAGACCCCUGAGGUGUGUCCUGAUGCCAGCCUUACAGCAACCCAACAAAAUUAUGCCAUUGAGGUGCGCAUGUCCAGCUGCUCUCGCUGCAACACAUGUGAUUGUCUGGUGUACGAUGAGGAGAUUAUGGCUGGCUGGACCGCUGACGACUCCAACUUGAACAGCACCUGUCCUUUCUGCGGCUCAGCCUUCCUGCCCCUGCUCAAUGUGGAGAUCCUCCACCUGACUGGUCAGGACAGAACAUCAUGUCAAGACCAGCCUAGUCCCCAAAAAGAAGCAAGGGACGAUUUUAAAACCAGUGAGCGUGAAGCACCUAGAAGUGAAUCCAGCAGUAUGAGCAAAAGCACAGAGCCAGUCACAGUGCCCUACCUAAGCCCUUUGGUGCUGUGGAAGGAGCUAGAGAGCCUACUAGAGAACGAAGGUGAACAGGCCAUCUCUUCAGCAGCCAUUGUAGACCAUCAUCCCAUAGUCUUCUGGAACCUGGUGUGGUUCUUCCGCCGGUUGGAGCUUCCCAGCAGCCUUCCCGCUCUGAUAUUUAGUUCCAAGCUUUGCAGCCUGGAUCUUCAGUCUCAACAGAGCGGUGCAUCAGAGGACAGUAAGAACGUGCUGGUCCAGAUUUUAUGGGACAACCCCAAACUGCAUCAGGACCCUAUUCAGCCCAGUUACAUGCUUUGGAAUGCACACUAUUCAAACCCAACUGGAUGUGCUCUGGUGGAUGAAGAGCAGCCAGUGAGCUUGGAGCUGCUCCAGAGCGUGGUGAGGAGCAUUCAGAAGAAUGACGUCUACCAACCCAUGAGCCAGAUCCUGCAGCUGCUUGGGACCAGGCUAGGAUUCAUCAGGCAACGGAGUCUGUACAGAGAUAUCCUAUUCCUGUCAUUAGUGGCUUUGGGAAAGAACAGUAUCAAUAUUGAUGCUUUUGACCGCGAGUAUAAAACAGCGUAUGAUCGUCUGACCCCCAGCCAGGUCAAGCUGACUCACAAUUGCGACCGGCCACCCAGCGCUGGUGUCAUGGAGUGUAGACGGACAUUUGGGCUGCCAAUUCUGUGAUCUGUCUCCUCUAUCAUUUUCCAUUUCUCGAUCACUAAGAGGAACAGACAUGUAGUCUGAGACUGCCAAAGACGAUGGAUUCACCUGUACCAAAGCUGCAUUUGGUUCUAAACUGAGCCAUUUACAACAUGUGUGUGGCCAGUUCAACCCCAUUCACUGUGUACCAACUGUGAACAGUACGGCUUUAAAACACUUUGUGUGUUUACUACGCUAAACAUCUCAUUCUGAAACUCUGGCCCAUGUUCAUUAGCUUAGCUCCACUCAGGUUUUGUUUAAUACUGAUGGUAGGUUCAUCAUACAUUAGGAGCAAUAUUAGUUAGUGCUCAGGUCACAGCAUCAUUUUUAUUGGAUCACAUCGAGAGAAGUGGAAGUGGUUUUGGGACCAGUGGCAGCAAGACAAUUUGUUAAGCCCCUUUCACACUGAUAACCGGGUAUUUAUGUAAUUUGGGUAACCCAUGCUGACAAGAUACCAUUUGUUUUUAUAGCCAUAGCUUCUCUUCAGUCAAACUGUACUUGAUCCAGAAGUGAUUGGCAUUGAACAGCUUUGUUCUUUAAAUAAACAGCAUACAGCUCUUUUAUUUCUUAAUCACUAUCAUUUGACAUCUGAAUACCUGUAAAUAAAUACUAAUGUUUAAGAUCACCAUCAUUUGUUUAGACAUAAUUCAACAAAUUAUAUUAUGGCUCAACCCAGGAAACUGCAGUGUCUAUACAUUUCACUCACUAAAUUACAGGUAAAUUCCCAAAUGCAUGUGUGAAAGGGGUAUUACUCACAUUUAGUGCCCGUAGUAUAAAAAAAGCACAAAGAACAAACCCUAACGCGAAUUAUAAACAUUCCUUUCCUAGUAUUAUAGUACUAUAGUAUUUCUGUACAUAGACCGUAAUUCUAUUAGAUUGUUUGUAAUAUAAAGGUAUAUUUUACAGUU